ACUGACGAAAACUAAAGUUUAAAAAAAAAGGAAAGCUCCAAAAAUUUCACGGUAAUCCCUCCAAAUUCUCUUUCACCCUAAAAUCCCUCCAAAUUACUAUUAGGCUAAAAUCCCUAAGAGGUCGCCACAAAACUUCAUCAAAAUGCAGAAAGUUGCAAAGAACUCAGAAUGGUAGUGUCUAAAAUUCAUCUCUCCAAGAGACUUUACACAAAUUAUACCAUUGGAUUAUCCGCCUAAACAAGAGCCUCUGAUGCAGGGAGAAUAAGAGAGAAUGAUGAAAUAGAACAGGAAGAUUUAAGUACUAAAAAGUUGGAUUCAAAUGUUAUUACACCUGGAACGAAAUUCAUGGAAUUAUUGUCAUCUGCACUUCAAUACUAUGUAAGUUUGAAAGUGAAUGUAGACUCUGGUUGGCAGGGAAUCAAGGUUAUUCUCUCUGAUGCUAGUGUGCCUGGUAAAGGGGAGCAUAAGAUAAUAUCUUAUAUUCGGUUGCAAAGGAAUCUUCCAGGAUUUGAUCCUAAUACACGGCAUUGCUUGUAUGGUUUGGACGCAAACUUGAUAAUGAUGGAAUUGGCGUCACAUGAAGUUCACUUUUCUUUUAAGGGAGGAUGUCCGCAAAGAUAAAUCAAAGUGUAGAGGUCAACAGAAUAGGCAAGAUAUAUAUAUAGACAACAAGCAGGUAUGCACUCAAAAAAGGGGAAGGAUGCAGCAAAGACUUGGAGAACUUAUUAUCAGAAUAGAAGUUUUAGGUUAGAAAUUUGAUUUAGUAUGACGAUGUUGUACCAUUGUGUUAUCAAGCUCCGCCGCUGCAGUAAGUUGUAGGAAUUUGAUGUGGUUGUCUUGCUCUGAAAGCUGAAACUUUAAGAACUGCUCGAUAUAGUUCUAUACUUCUAUUAUGCUGUUACGAAAAAUUCUUAUCAUUUCACGAACUAUGGGAAAUUAUUCUGUGUUUGUGAAUCCAAAUAACUGAAUAUAUGUUGGUUCCAAGAAGGAAA